UAUAUAAUAAUGUGGGUGAUUAGGUUUUGGACAUUAUAUGUUCACGAUUUGUUGCUCUAUAUAUACUCUCUCCAGUAAUAUAUAAGCUUUAACUGCAGAUUUGAACAGUUUAUACAACUGUAAAAUAUUUUGGACACACUCAAGAAUGAUGCAGUUUAUGUUUGCGGCUUUGGUCUUCCUUGCUCAUGCAAUGAGCAUCAACGCUGGAACAAACUUUUUUUCGACGUGGAAACUUGAUUGCCCUUCAGGUCAAUCUAUCAGGCAUAUAAGCAGUGUUCAUAGCAACUAUCAUGAGGAUCGUUCAUGGACAUUCACCUGCAGAUCUGACCCAGUCACACAAAGUACAUGUUCUUGGUCUGGAUGGGUAAAUUUGUUUGGCGAAAUGAUCCUUUAUCAAUGCAAAGAUGGAGUUAUUGCGGGUGUGCAAUCGUACCAUAACAAAUAUCAUAAAGACAGAAGAUAUAGCUUCAAAUGCUGUAAAGCCAAAAGUUACACCCGUAUUUGUACUUGGACUGGCUUUGUCAACAACUGGGAUGGUUAUGUGACCUAUGGCGUACGUCAUAAUUAUUAUCUUGUUGGCUUAUUCAGUUAUCACAGCAAAGGCCAUGGAGACAGAAGAUGGAGAUUCCUUACAUGUUAACAAUGUGGUUAAAGGACAAUGUCGGAUAUUUCCCAUGCUUGAUUUCAUUUGAUCAUAUUUGGUGUUUUUGUAAGAAUAAUGAUAAGAAUAAUU